AUUCCUCAUUUUAUUUAUUUAUUUUUUAUUGUAGAUGUUGUAUCAAGUCGGAAAACUGUUAGAAAAAAUAAUAUUUUGGAUCUUAAGUCACAUCAAAUAGUUAAAGAUGUUCAGAAUCAGCGAAGAGGGCUUUGAUAAAAAAGCCUUUUUGGAAUAUGCGAAGGCUAAGGAGGUGGAAUACAACAAAUUGCAGCAUGCGUUGAUAAAGACGCUUGCUAUAAGAACCCGCACCCGAAAGCAGAUUAUUUUUGAGAAAAGGAUCAAAGCUGAACUGAAGAAGUUGCGUGCGCAAAUAAAAGAAUUACGUGCUCAAAUAUGGGUUGCCAGUAACAAAGCUUAUAAAAAGGAAGAUGAGAAAAAGGUGGCAGAGAUGAAAUGCCAUGCUUUCUGCUACGUUGAGUUGACUAAGGAGGUAAAGGAACUUAAUACUACAGUACAUAAGUUCGAAACUGAAAUUGCUCGCGUUAAAGGUGAAAUGCUUGAACUAAAUAAAAAGAUUGUACCCGAUGAGCAGUUUCAGGUCACAAUCGCCAAAUAUAAGAAGCUUCAAGAGACGUUGGAAAAUAAGCUUGAUACAAAUAUACGUCGUGAAGGUGCUGUUGCGGCCGAUAAUGCACGUUUGAGGGGAGAGAUAAUCCGAUUGCUCCGUGACAAAACUUACUUCAACGAACAAUACACAAAAUUAGUGGAACGUCUAAAUAGUAAUAAGAAGUACCUGAUUGAUCUGGUUGAUUAUGCUCUCAACAGCUUCACUCAAUGUAUGACAAUUUACGAUAAAAUGGACAGUUUAGUGAUGCAACGAGAUAAGGACUUUGCUGCACGUAAAGUGGAAAUGCAAAAUCUGUUACGCAUAAAAGAAGGCAAGGAUUUUAAAAUGCAGUUCUUAACAGGUAAGGCUAAAGAGCGCAUUUUGGCUGAUCUUCAACCAAAGGAAUAUCGACGACGGGCGGCAUUCCGUGCAUUUCAUCAAAAGGAAAUUGCAGAAUGCAAGGAUAUUCUGGCUAGAGCUAUGAGACUGACUCAAACCUCAAAUGUGGACCAGUUAAUCACCAAAUACCAUCACGAGGAGGGGCUUUAUUAUUCUUAUUUUAAAUAUGCCAAUGAAAUGAACUACCGAAUGACUUCACUCAACAAUUCUGUUAAUCGACUAUAUGACAGCAUUGGUAACUUGAAGAGCAAAAACUAUGACAAAAGUCAGAACCAACUUGAGACAAUUGAAGAUCUCGAAAAUGAACUGAUGGCGAGACAAGAAUCACUGGAAGGACUAAGACAACAACGCCGUGAAAAUGACAAAUUACUCAAUACUGCAGCAGGUGAAAUCGAUUCGCUCUUCAGAAUGUGUAACGCAAAUGAUUCGCCACUUAAGGAGUUACUUGGCGAUCACACCAAGGUAAAUCUUCAAAAUAUUCGCAGCUUUCUAAAAAUAUUCGAGAAACAGAUUUACGACCUCGUCGCAUACUCAUACAUUGCCGAACGUGAAGAUAAGAAAACAAAAGAAAGAUAUUAUGUGGUCCAAUCUGUCUGGAAGUUUGAUGAUAAACCUACCGAAAUUGAUGACAUUGUGUUGGCACAACAAUGCGCCGAAUGCGGUGAAGGAGAAGCAUACAACGAAGAUGCACCUGGUUAUGUGCUUUCCUUGGAAGAAACCAAAGCUAAGCUGUACGAAGAGAUUAGACAACCCGACUUGCAGUAUCGUAUGCACAGCAUGAGUGCAUGCCGUUUGCCAAGAUCUCGUCUACUGGUUGCCAAAAGAGAUGCUGAAAAGUGAUGUCCUGAGUACAUUUUGAUUAACAAUUGAUGGUAUAAGAAAAUGAAAAUUUCGUUCAUAUGUUUAAUCAAUUAUAUUUCGAAAUUAAAAAUAAAAGCAGAAGCCAGAGCAGAACAACA